AAAAACUGAAAAGAAGAACAAGAAAGUUUAGUAAAGUUUCGUGAACUGAUUCAUUAGCUAUUGCGGAAUAUACCGAUACAUUAUAGUGCAAAGUAGCCUAGAAGACAUGAGUGGCAAAACACUAACGGUUCCAGCUCGUUUACUCCGUCAUUGUUUCCACAAACUUCGUCGAGUUUUUCACCUGGAUCCGAGGCGGAUGUACUAUGGGUCCCCGCAGGUGGCCACGGGAUCAGCAGUUCGCACUGUGGACCUCCGCAGCGACACAGUCACCAAACCCGGAGCAGACAUGCGCCGAGCCAUGGCCGAGGCAGAGGUCGGAGACAAUGUGUUCGGAGAAGACCCCACGGUUAAUGAACUACAAAAAUUUUCUGCUGAUAUGUUUGGCAUGGAAGCGGCUUUAUAUGUCCCCACAGGAACGAUGAGUAACCUGAUUGCAGUUAUGGUGCACUGCAGCGAGAGGGGCGAUGAGAUGAUAGUAGGUGAUCUCUCUCAUAUUCACGUUUACGAGCAAGGGGGAAGUGCACAGCUUGCAGGCAUCCAUUCGGCAACAGUCACUACUCUUGGCGAUGGCACCUUUGACCUCAACCAGCUGAUUUCCAAGAUCCGUCACAGUUACCCUAACCCACACUACCCACGCUCCCGCCUGGUUUGUGUGGAAAACACACACAACAUUCAGGGAGGCCGCGUCCUCCCACUAUCCUUCCUACAGGAGCUUCGGUCUGUGGCUGAUAAGUUUGGUUUGGCUGUGCAUAUGGAUGGAGCGAGGGUGAUGCAUGCAGCUGUGGCUCUGGGUGUCCAACCCUCUGCUAUACUGCAGCACUGCCACUCUGUCAGUGUGUGUCUGUCCAAGGGACUCGGGGCACCUGUGGGCACCAUGCUAGGUGGGUCAAAAGAUUUCAUACAGAGAGCAGUACGUGCCUGCACGGUACUUGGCGGCGGAAUGCGUCAAUUGGGUGUCUUGGCAGCAGCUGGUAAGAUUGCCCUGUCAGACAUGAUUGGCAGACUGGAGGAGGACCACAGGAAAGCCAGAAGCUUUGCUCAAGCAUUGUUACAGUGUGACCCUCCUCUGUACCAGUUGGAUCUGAAUACUGUGGAAACCAACAUUUUGAGGUUCCGUCUGCGGGACACCCAGAUGAGCCCAGUGGAGUUCUGCAAACGGAUGGCAGGCGUAGAUGAAGAAGAGGUGGAGGCUCUGGGCCAGGGGGUCAAGGUUCUGAUGUUCCCCCAUUACGGGGGAGCAGUCAGGGCUGUGUGGCAUCUGGGCAUCAGCGAGGAAGACAAUCAGCUGGCUAUACUGAAGGCUCAGUUUGUGGCCCAACAGCACAAACUUAAGUCUAACAGGGCAUCAUGAGAAGAGCUUUUGACCAAUCAGAGGUGUCUUUACACCACUCUUUUGGUACCAGGAACCUUUUAAAAAACUGUAAAUAGGGUGUCUGUGGAUCCUUAAAAAGUCUUAAAAUGUCUUAAAUUCGGAUUCGAUUGGUCUGAAAUAUUUUUGGUCACGUUACUGCUAAAAUAUCUUAAGUCUGACUGAUGGACCUAAUGACUGUUUACAAUCAUUGGACAGACCAAAGAUUUUUUCUUCCCCGUGCUAAGUUACUGCGUCAUCAUAGAGAAUUAGGGAUGUAACGAUUAACCACAAGCCGGUUGAAAAUCGAUUCAAAUAUGUCACGAUUCAAAUCGGUUGAGAUGCUAAACAAAUCGCGAUUCUUUUAGGGGUAGGAGUUUAUAUGAAUGCAUGUCUGAGGGGAAUUUACUGUCUUUAGAGGAGUUUAGAUGGUAUAUGUGCAGCGCUGUUAAAAAAAAGAUUUUUUUUUUUAAUGCAGCGCUGUUUUGUUUACAGCAGAAACCAAGGAAACGAUUUAAGCGCCACCUGCUGGCAGAGCAUGAAUCUGCGUCUUGUUUAGACCGUCCACUGUUUUUUGCCACAGUCAAGUCAAACCAUUAUGUUUUUGCUUCAAAAUUUUGAAAUUAUACAAUCUAAUUUAAUUAAAAACUGCUCAUGUUGCACGUAUGCAGCAUCUUUGUUUGAAUCAUGAUUAAAAUGCAGUGGUUGCCUCUAAUUUUAAA